CAGAGUGGAUGGGGCUCUAGCAAGUGACAGAGCAGGGGGAGUGAGAGUAUCGGGCAAUUCCAUGGCCCUUCCCUUAUUCCACCGACCCCGGCCCCAGGAGAAGACGCCCUACGGUUUCUUUCUGGAUUGGCAAGCUGGGGUGGAAGGGUGGACCGGAGGUGCUGGGUGCGGAAGGUCAACGCUGCGUCACCUAGAGGUCAGCAAGGCUGGGGAGCGAAGGCCCAGCUCUGGUUUGGGGAAGAGCUGAAGGGCCCAGAAGCCACGUGCUCGGGAGCAGACUGUCCUCUGGGCAAAGAGACGCCCCCGGACUUGAGGAGGGGGCAGGGAGGGGGAGCCAGAGGAGGCAGGUUCUGGGCAGAAGGGAUGGGGGUGGGGGGAGGUAGAGAGGACGCGGACAAAGGAGGCGGCCGGCAGCCCAGCUGUUUUGAAAAAUGCUUCCUGUUUCUUUAAAGGCGCUCGCUGCUCGGGCGGCCCGGGCUGGGGAGGCGGCGGCGGCGGGAGCUGCCUCCUCUCCGGGCGGCGGCGCUGACUGAUCUCGCGAACUGGGCUUCUGUGUAAACUGAGGCUAAACAAACACAGAUGGAGCGCAGCGGGCGUUCUCCAGAAAUGCUGGCAAGGCGGCAGCGACUUCAGAUGACACUCUGAGCGCUCCGGGAACGGACAGCCCGGCGGCUUCGCGGAGCCGGCGGCGCAGCUGCCCCGGGCGAGGGGGAGAAAGGGAGGGAGGGAGGAGGGAGGGAGCGUGCAGGGGGAGAGCUGGAGACUCGGAGGCGCUGAGCGCUGCGGCCGCCCGGGCAGAGCCGGCGCGCGGCGUGCAGAGCGAGCGCGGCAGGCGCGCGUCCAGGGCAGCCCCACGCCCCUGCCUCGCGCGCUGCCCGCGCCAUGAAGCACAUCCCGGUUCUCGAGGACGGGCCGUGGAAGACCGUGUGCGUGAAGGAGCUGAACGGCCUCAAAAAGCUCAAGCGGAAAGGCAAGGAGCCGGCGCGGCGCGCGAACGGCUAUAAAACUUUCCGAUUGGACUUGGAAGCGCCCGAGCACGGCGCCACCGCCACCAACGGGCUGCGGGACAGGACCCAGCGGCUGCAGCCGGUCCCGACCCCGGUGCCAGUCCGAGUGGCGCCGGCCGUUCCCUCAGGUGGGGGCGCGGACACGGCUGUGGAGCGCGGGGGCGCCCGGGCGCCAGAGGUCUUGGACGCGCGGAAACGCGGCUUCCCUCUGGGCGCAGUGGGGCCGGGACUCCCCACGCCGCCGCCGCCGCCUCCUACGCCCCAGGGCCAGGUACCUGGGGGUCCCGAAGCACAGCCUUUUCGGGAGCCGGGCCUGCGUCCCCGCAUCUUGCUGUGCGCACCGCCAGCACGCCCCACACCGUCGGCGCCCCCUGCGCCCCCAGAGUCCUCUGUGCGCCCCGCGCCCCCUACACGCCCUGGGGAAAGUUCUUACUCGUCAAUUUCACACGUAAUUUACAAUAACCACCCGGAUUCCUCCGCGUCGCCUAGGAAACGGCCAGGAGAAGCUACCGCCGCCACUUCGGAGAUCAAAGCCCUGCAGCAGACCCGGAGGCUCCUGGCGAACGCCAGGGAGCGGACGCGGGUACACACCAUCAGCGCAGCCUUUGAGGCGCUCAGGAAGCAGGUGCCGUGUUACUCAUAUGGGCAGAAGCUGUCCAAGCUGGCCAUCCUGAGGAUCGCCUGUAACUACAUCCUGUCCCUGGCGCGGCUGGCCGACCUCGACUACAGCGCCGACCACAGCAACCUCAGCUUCUCCGAGUGCGUGCAGCGCUGCACCCGCACCCUGCAGGCCGAGGGCCGUGCCAAGAAGCGCAAGGAGUGACCAGCCGUGGGCUGGUCCAGGGACGCUGCCAAGGGCCCUCUUUCCCUCAAGGCAAGCUUGAGACAAGGUGAGCUCGCCAGGUCCAGUCUCGUCUUCCUCUCUAAGGUGCCACCGGAUGCUCAGACCACCGGCUCUCAGGACAGGAGCUUUCCUGCCUCCCUCUCCCCCCACCCCGCCCCCCAGCCACUCCACGAUGACUUUGCACUUUGCUCUCUGCCUGGUGGGGCGGGAAGAGCAAAGCCUUCCCCUUGCCCGGGCCUGAGGCCCAUCGUCCGGCUGCAGAAAUUCAUUGCCAAAGAUUCAACAGAGACACUGAACAAAACGGGGUGAGAAGGCCCCCACAGUGAAAAGCUACACUGCUGCCCUCUGACCACUGCUCCUCCUGUUACCUGGGUCCCAUCUCACACCAAAGAUGAGUCAGCGAUUGAACUCACCAAAGGGAGAGGCACUUGGUGACCAUUGCAAGUGCUUGACCCUCUGACCUGGAACUCUUUCUGCCCUGGGCCCUGGCUGGCUGGUUUCCUGGACGCAAGAUACGCCUUCUGGGGGCUGUGAGAGGGAGGCUGGGGGUGCCUGUGGGGCGUGAGACCUGCGAUCCUGGCCCUUCUCUCCCUCCUACUGGCUGCCCAGGGCUCUGAAGCAGAUUUUCCACGGUCCCUGGGCCUAGGCUCCUUCUUGGGCCCCAAGCUUUACGGGAAGGGGAUGGGGGACGGAGGGAAGAAGCAGCAGUGACCACCUGUACCCGACUCUAGGGAUUUGCCCCAAGGUGACCUGCCUUUGCUCCCCCGGCCAGCCCAGCCCACCAGUCUGUGCCAGGGGCCCGCCCUGCUGACUGGGCACACAGGAUGGCGCCCCAUUUGGAGGCCAGUGGUUGGGACGGGUUGUUUGAGGGGGCAGAGGGGAGGAAGGGACCAGGGGAAUGGGCCAGUAUGCGGGGAGGAGGGCAUGUUUGAAGCCAAGGCCUGUUCCUUCCUUGGGCUCAAAAGGCCAAAGCUGUUCACAUCUCUGCUCAACCACCUGCUUCAAAUUGAAGUAAAAGCCCCAACAUGUAAAGAAAA